AUGAGAAAUGGCUGCGCGCGCACUUUCCCUCUCAGCUUCCACGCAUUUUUCGCGAGAUUUUGCAAGGUGUGGGACAUGACAGCGUCGCAUAUCGUGCAGCGGUAUGCUCUGGCGCACGUUCCAGUCGAGUUUAGCAGCGAUGCGCCGAACGAUACGCAAGUCACGGCCUUGAAGUUCUACCACUUGUCUCUUCAAGACGUUGCCAAAUGUCUUCCGGUAGAAGACGCCGACCACAUGGCUCUUUCCCUGGCGAUCCUCAGCGUGCUGUCGAUUGUAGAGAUGAAGCUUGGGACAUACCUGGGCGGUCUCACGCAUGCCAAGCAAGCUGCCGCGCUCAUUGCUGAUAACCUAGGUACUCUUUCUUCUUCAACAUUGGGCAGGCAGGCGGUCGCCGCGUGGUUUCCUAUCAAAGCUUGGUACUCUGUUCAAUGUGUGCCGUGGGACAACCUUGCUCCCGUCCUGCCAUCCGAGGCUCUUGGCCAAUCUUGGGAUCUGCUCCAGUCAUCGGACGACAAGAGCCAUGAGCUGGCUGCGCUUCUGGUCGAGAGUCGACGGCUGUACGCCCUCGUAUCACUACAUCGACUGCUGAAGACGAGUUCUAGCACAGAUGACAUAUCGAGCUGGCCAGAUUUGUAUCAAACAGUUGUCAACAAGUGUUCCUCUGGGCUUGGCAAAAGCGAAGAAGCAUCGUGCCGCACAGAAGUGGCCGGCCUUCGCGAUAGGCUGGAUGCCUGGCACGACUCGAUUCCGCUAGAAGACCGACCCAUCUACGGCACGACAUCCAGGUUGAAGAAGCAGCUCGCCUCACAACCGCCCGGUCCGCGGAUUGAACCGCUCACCUUCCAGUCCUACCGUGCAGCAAUGAACUACGCCCGUUACGCCGCCGCCCAAGCCCUCUCCUCCGACGAGGCCCUCGACAUCGUCACCGGCGCGACCUCACCUCCUACCGCAUACAGAGACGAAUGGAACCACCUUAUCCUCCAGAUCCUCGCUGGCCUAGAAGAAGUACCAUGCACCGGCGAUGACGACAACUACCUGGGUCUGACGUGGAUUGUUGGCCAAGUCGUCGGGCUGCGCUGCUUAGACCCCUCCGUUAUAUCGUGGAUCGAAAGCCACCUCGAGCUCUUGGCGUCGGCAAGCCAAGAUUGGGGAUCUCUCAUGCCCAAAGACCUCUUUCGGCCCCUCCUGGCUUUGCAGAGGGGGCUUCUUGAGCGCGGGCGGGUAGCGGUGCAUAUUUUUGGGGAUAUGGGGCCUAGUAUUGAGCUUUCUGAGGCGAGAUCUCCUGCGGCCAAGAGGAGUGUGCUAGUUGUGGGAUUGGAUAUUGAGUGUGGCAAGGGCUUUCGCGAGGUGGUUGUCAUAGAGUAG